AUGACCAUAUUUGAAAAUGUCACCCGGGCCCUGGCCAGACAGCUAAACCCUAGAGGGGACCUGACACCCCUUGACAGCCUCAUAGACUUCAAGCGCUUCCAUCCCUUCUGCCUGGUGCUGAGGAAGAGAAAGAGCACUCUCUUCUGGGGUGCCCGAUAUGUCCGCACUGACUACACCCUCCUGGAUGUGCUUGAGCCUGGCAGCUCACCUUCAGAUCCAACAGACUCUGGGAACUUUAGCUUUAAGAAUAUGCUGGAUGCCCGAGUGGAGGGAGAAGUGGACAUGCCAAAGACAGUCAAGGUGACGGGGACUGCAGGGCUGUCCAGAAGCAGUACCCUGGAGGUCCAGACACUCAGUGUGGCUCCCAAGGCUCUGGAGACCUUGCACCAGGAGAGGAAGCUGUCAGCUGAGCACCCGUUCCUGAAGGAGAUGCGAAACCGAGGGGAGAACUUGUAUGUGGUGAUGGAGGUGGUGGAGACCGUGCAGGAGGUCACUCUGGAGAGAGCUGGCAAGGCGGAGGGUUGCUUCUCCCUCCCAUUCUUCGCCCCGUUGGGACUACAGGGAUCCAUAAACCACAAGGAGGCCGUAACCAUCCCCAAGGGCUGCAUCCUGGCCUUUCGAGUGAGACAGCUGAUGGUCAAAGGCAAAGAUGAGUGGGAUAUUCCACAUAUCUACAAUGAUAACAUGCAAACCUUCCCUCCUGGAGAAAAGCCAGAGGAGAAGCUCACCCUUAUCCUGGCAUCUGAUGCUGGGGAGGAACUUGAGGACUUCAAGACACUAAAAGAAGAAGUUCAAAGAGAGAUCCAAGAAGUGGAAAGGCUGAGCCAAGUAGGGCAAAGCUCCCUGCUCACCUCCCUCAGCAAACUUCUCGGGAAGAAAAAGGAGCUACAAGACCUGGAACUCACGCUUGAAGGGGCUCUAGACAAAGGACAUGAAGUGACCCUGGAGGCACUCCCAAAAGAUGUCUUGCUAUCAAAGGAGGCUAUGGGUGCCAUCCUCUAUUUCCUUGGAGCCCUAACAGAGCUAAGUGAAGCCCAACAGAAGCUGCUGGUAAAAUCGAUGGAGAAAAAGAUCCUACCCGUGCAGCUAAAGCUGGUGGAGAGCACAAUGGAACAGAAUUUCCUACAGGAUAAAGAGGGUGUUUUCCCCCUGCAGCCUGACCUGCUCUCCUCCCUUGGGGAGGAGGAACUGACCCUCACAGAGGCCCUAGUGGGGCUGAGUGGACUUGAAGUGCAGAGAUCGGGCCCCCAGUACAUGUGGGACCCAGACACCCUGCCCCACCUCUGUGCCCUUUAUGCUGGCCUCUCCCUCCUGCAGCUCCUGACCAAGGCCUCCUAA